AAGCUAUUUAAUAUAUAGUUCAUUUCUUCAUAUUGCAAAAAAAAUAAAAAAAUGGCUACUUCUGCAAUUCAACAUUCUGCAUUUGCUGGCCAAACAGCACUUAAGUCACAAAAUGAAUUUAUUAGGAAAAUUGGUAGCUUUGAAGGUGGACGUGUCACCAUGCGACGUACUGUCAAAAGUGCACCACAAAGCAUAUGGUAUGGAGAAGAUAGGCCAAAGUACUUGGGACCAUUUUCUGAGCAAACACCAUCAUACUUGACUGGUGAGUUUCCAGGUGACUAUGGAUGGGACACUGCUGGACUCUCAGCUGACCCUGAGACAUUUGCAAGGAACCGUGAGCUUGAGGUGAUACAUUGUCGUUGGGCUAUGCUUGGUGCUUUGGGGUGUGUUUUCCCUGAAAUAUUGUCUAAGAAUGGUGUUACAUUUGGUGAAGCUGUUUGGUUCAAGGCUGGAUCUCAAAUUUUCUCCGAAGGCGGUCUUGACUACCUUGGUAACCCAAACCUUAUCCAUGCUCAGAGCAUACUUGCCAUUUGGGCAUCACAAGUUGUGUUAAUGGGCUUUGUUGAAGGAUAUAGAGUUGGUGGAGGUCCAUUAGGUGAAGGCCUCGACAAGAUCUACCCGGGGGGUGCUUUCGACCCACUGGGCCUUGCUGAUGAUCCGGAGGCAUUUGCUGAGUUGAAGGUCAAGGAAAUCAAGAAUGGACGAUUAGCUAUGUUCUCGAUGUUUGGUUUCUUUGUUCAAGCUAUUGUUACUGGAAAAGGUCCAAUUGAGAACCUUUCCGACCACAUUGCUGAUCCAGUUGCCAACAAUGCUUGGGCUUACGCCACAAACUUUGUACCCGGAAAAUGAACUUAGUACACUCUUUUAUCUGUAAAAAUUGUGAAGCUACUGCAUGUCUUUUAUGUAAUCAUAUAUAUGCAAAAGCCAAGACUACAUAAUCUUCAAAUUUAAUCACUCUGCUCAUUUCAA